GUUUCACCAUAAACACCCCAUAGUGAAUCAUCCAUUCUCAUGAAGGGGUGUAUGUAGGCAAUACUGCUGCAAAUAAAUAGGGAAAAUGGUGGUGAUUAAAUCGAAAAAUGACUGUUUAGUAGUGGCGAAUAAAGACAGUUUAGUUUUUUUCGAUAGGAACUCCCAAACAACCCAAGCUGUGGAAAUACCGGAGCCAAUUUUGCCUGAAAACCUUACCAAAGGACAAAUUGAGGUUUUGAAAAAAGAAGACAGGACGGUCACUUCCUUAUCAUUUUCUAAAAAUGGGGAAUACUGUGUCGUGUCCACAGAAAAUAAACAAGUAAUAGUUUUUGACAGUAAAUUACAAGCAGUGAAAAAUUUUAUUGUAAACAGAGCUGCAAGUAAAGUGUUAUUUACCUCACACAAUGAUGUUAUUGUGGCUGAUAAGACAGGGGAUGUAUAUUUGUAUAAAUUAAAUGAAGAACCUCAGCCAAUUUUAUUAUUAGGACACUUAAGUGUUGUGUUUGAUGUUAUUUUAUCUGAAUGUGAAAAAUAUAUCAUCACCUGUGAUCGUGAUGAGAAAAUAAGAGUCUCAUAUUUUCCAAAUGCCUAUAAUAUUGUUAGUUUCUGUUUGGGACAUAAGGAAUUUGUGACAACAUUAAAAAUUGUCAAGAACACCCUUAUUUCUGCUUCUGGUGAUGGAACAUUCAGAUAUUGGAAUUAUUUGAAUGGCAAGGAACUGGAACUUGUCAAUUCCAAUCAGUACAUAAAAGAUGAUAGUAUUUUACAAGCAUUUUCAAAAGAAAUGGAUGAAGAAAAAGUUGAUGUAACUGCCUUACCAAUAAUUGAUUUGCAAGUUCAUGAAAAUGGUAGAGUUUUUGUGGCUGUAUCAAUUUAUAAUGUAAGUGGAAUACAAUUAUAUGUUACUGAUUUAUCCUGUUACAAAACAACAUUUAUUAAAAAUAUACAAAUGAACUGCAAUAUUUCUAGUUUUUUCUUAGGUAAAUUUUUAUAUAUUUUAAGUGAUAAUUUAUAUUCAUACAAAUUGCAUAAUGAAGACUAUGAACUAUGUGGUGACAUUCAAUUUGAUGAUUUUUAUAAGAAAUAUUGUCAGGAUUCAAAAUUGUCUAGCUAUAAUUCUAUAACAGCAUAUUAUAAGAGAAAAUUUGACAAUGUACAAGAGUAUUUGGAAAGGAAAAAACAGAGGCUUGAGUCAAAAUAAAGAACUAAAAAAGA